ACCAUUGUUCACAAUAAAAUGCUACUGUUUCUCUUAAAGUAAUACUGCUGGUGCUGGUCUAACCUGCAUCUUUUUCAAGUGGCAGAUUAUCGGUGAUUAUUUCUUAUUCUGAACUGAUUGUUGAACAGUCUUACCAACCUGACUAGAAGGAGCACCUUCAGUCCAGACAUUGUGUGGAUUUGUUCAGUCAGCUCAGUCGUUCCCAUCAGAUCUAGUCCUCCAGAAGCAGCAGCUGCCACCGCCGCCUGUGGAAAACAACUUGUUUCAGUGAUAGGUUUACAGCAGCACUGUUACUCUCCUUGAUAACCUGUGGCCGUAAAGUGAUUUAUUCCUGAACAUUUUGUUUGACGACAGCUGUUGUUUUAUUUGCUACAAUCUCUGAUUCUCUGCUGGAAGCACUAGAGAUUGCAUUUUCUUGCUCCAGUUACAAAUAAUGAGAUAGAAAAUGGAUUUUAGUUCUUCACCUGUUUUUGACGAGCACAAAGGUGACUCUGCAGAAGAAAUCGAUCUCAAUGUUGUUUAUCAGGCAGCGUCCAAUGGCGAUGUCAACACCCUGACUGCAGUGAUUCGUGGGGAUCCUUCAAUCUUGGAAUGUUGUGAUAGUGAGGGAUCAACUCCAUUGAUGCACGCAAUAUCCGGUCGCCAGCUUGACACAGUGAAGCUGCUCCUUAAGAUGGGGGCUUCCAUCAAUACGGAAGAUGCCUGUGGAAGAACUCCACUAUCUCUGGCUACCUACUUGGGUUGGCUAGACGGUUGUGUAGCUCUACUCCGUAAUGGUGCCAAGCAAAAUAUCCCAGAUAAAAAUGGAAGGCUACCCCUUCAUGCAGCUACUGCUGAAGACAAUGUCAGACUGCUGGCUGUACUGUUGCAGCAAACAACAAUGUGUGAGAUAAAUCAUCAAGACAAUGAGGGUAUGACCCCAUUGCAUUGGGCUGCUUUUCACAACAGGCCACAGCAUGUUCAGGCUUUACUACAGAAAGGAGCUGACCCAACAUUGGUUGACAAAGACUUUAAAACAGCACUUCACUGGGCAGUGCAGAGUGGGAAUAGAGCCAUGACUUCUCUCAUUCUGGAUCAUCACCUGAGCCCAUCUAUAAUAAACUAUGAUGAUGGAAAUGGGAAGACAAGUGUGCAUAUAGCAGCAGCAGCUGGAUACAGUGAUAUCAUCUAUGACUUGGCAAGAAUUCCAGAGUGCAACUUGCAACCACUUGAUGUAGAUGACAGGACACCUCUUCACUGGGCUGCAGCAGCAGGGAAAGCAGAUUGUGUACAGUCAUUGAUGCAGCUGGGGGUGGACAGCAGUCCAAGGGACAUCAAUGAAAACACUCCUCUAACAUAUGCAAUGUACUGUGGGCACACAGCAUGUAUCAAACUGUUCUCAAAGGAAACUAGACCUGAGCCUGUUCGACAGCAAUCUUCCCAAAACAACAAGAAGAAAGAAGGGCGCUUCAGUGUGUUGAACCAACUAUUCUCCUGUAAAAAGAAAAAGGAUGAGCAAAACAGUACACAGAAAGAUAAAAACAAGGAUAAAUGCCUAACAGAUGAAACUUCUGAAGUUGAUGAUAUUAUAACCACCUUUGAUUCUAUCAUGGAUUGUAACAAUAGUGAGGCUUUGGAGGAACAGACAGAGGAGCACAGACUCACAGAAACACCUGCAGAGCUGGCAACUCGGAAACGGCAGUCAUCAGACAGAAGACAAAAGGUUUAUAAAAGUCUUCCCCCAAUACGGACACGAAGCCUCCCACCACUAACCUUGUUUAUAAAUUCCCCUUGCAUGGUUCAGAAUGCAAACAGUAAGUCUAGUCCACACCACUUUGCGCGCCGGUCUCAAAAAAGCCGCAGUGAACAUGACUUGUUUGAGAACAGGACUAGCUCUCAGAAACAUUUGGAUAGUCCAUGGGCCAAAGGCACAAAUCACAUUUUACCCCAUAAAGCAUGGACUACUCCUCCACCAAAGCUGCUGGAAGUUUUCCUGCAAGAAAGAGCCAAACAUUUGGGACUCUCACAACAUACUACUCUUCCCUGCUUACAGAAUAACCUUCAAGGAAUAAACAUGCAGCAAGAAUCCCUUGAGAAAAUAAAACCGGAAGAUUCAACGCCGGCACAGUCCUUCCUCGUUCCAAUUGCUGAUCAUUACACUCGUAAAUGUAAUUUGUCAUCUGACACCAGGCCUCAGAAUGUGAAAAAAAUGAGAUCUAUUCCUCAGACUUCUGUAAGGUCUACUAUAGUGAAUCUCCCACAACCACUCCCAUCCAUGCCACAAAAAGAAGGGAUUGGUCAAAUUCACUCACUUCUCCCAGUUACAACAGGCGACAUUCUGAGAUCCAAUUGUGUACUCCCUGCUAUUCCAUCUGAGAAGAAAGGUAUGCAUUCAAAAGGCUUGUCCCAGUGUGUCAUUGAAUCGCAACACAAUAGCCAAUAGGAAUGUAUAUUUUUUAAAAA